GUAACUAAGGUCUUUGCCAAUUACAUGGGAAUGGGAAGCCAAGGUUACUUCAAGGUUUUGAUUAUCUGUCUUGUAACGUUAAUUGGAUCAACUCAUGCUCAAUUAGAACUGGAUUUCUAUACUAAAAGUUGUCCAAAAGCCGAACAAAUCAUUUUGAAGUAUGUUGAAGAGCAUAUCCCCCAUGUUCCAUCAUUAGCAGCUGCUCUCAUAAGACUUCACUUCCAUGACUGUUUUGUUGAAGGUUGUGAUGGAUCAGUGCUUCUGAACUCAACAAAAAACAAUCAAGCUGAAAAGGACUCUAUUCCAAAUCUUACACUUAGAGGCUUUGGCUUCAUAGACAAAAUAAAGAGUCUUGUUGAAGCUGAAUGCCCUGGGGUGGUCUCUUGUGCUGAUAUAUUAGCUUUGACUGCCAGAGACUCUGUCCAUUCCAUAGGGGGACCUUAUUGGAAUGUUCCAACAGGUCGAAGGGAUGGGGUUAUCUCUAAAGCAGCAGAUGUGUUGCGUAGCCUUCCUGCUCCAUUUCACAACCUCACCACCCUCCUAACACUCUUUGGCGAUGCUGGACUUGAUGCAAAUGACCUUGUCGUGCUUUCCGGUGCUCACACGAUUGGUGUUGCCCAUUGCUCAACAAUUGCGACUCGUCUAUAUAAUUUUACUGGCAAGGGUGACACAGACCCAACUCUAGAUAGUGAAUAUGCAACAAAUCUCAAGACCUUUAAGUGUAAGAAUAUCAAUGAUAACACCACACUUCUUGAGAUGGACCCUGGAAGUCGCAAUACAUUUGAUCUUGGGUAUUAUAAUCAAGUUGUUAAAAGAAGGGGUUUGUUCCAAUCAGAUGCUGCAUUGCUUACUAGUUCUACCACAAGGUCUAUUAUUGCCAAACAACGUAUGUCAACUCAAAGAUUCUUUUUUGAAUUCGCCAAGUCCAUGGAAAAAAUGGGUCGAAAUAAAGUCAAGACUGGGACUGAAGCAGAGAUUAGGAAACAUUGUGCACUAGUAAAUAGCUAA